AUGCGCUUCAACACCCUCACCACCUCUAUCCUCGCUGCCGCGACCUCCGCGUCCGCCGCGUGCCUCGAGCAAGCCCCCUCCGCCCUAGGUUUCCCUAUCAACUUCGAUAUCACGCCCGCCACACCAGCCACAAUCUCCUUCCUCAUCCCCUCUAACGCGCCUGCUGGCCCCUGCGAGCUCAUCGUCAAGUUCCCCGACAACUAUCCCAUCACCAGCACCGGCGACGACCUCGUCAACGUAACCGCGACCACGGGCCCCGUAGCCGGUAGCCUGAUCGGGUCGGUGCGCUUCCGCGCCGGUACCAAGACUGUGAUUAACAGCUUCGCGUGCGAGGCUGUUAUGGGAUUUGAGUUUGCUAUUGCGCAGGGACAGGGCGAGGUUAAGUUCUCGGAGAUUGCGGGUGCGGGUGUUUUUCUGGAUAUUGGUGAUGUUAGCCAGUGCUAG